CAGCGAAGAGCCACAAAGUAGGGAAGAGAAAUAACGGCCCGCCCAAAACAAAAGGAAAGCCUCGCAUUUCUCUUGAGUAAUUUUUCCGAAUCACCAACCAGGCCUUUUUCACGUUGAACUACAGGCGAAUCGUUUAAUCCAACUCAGGGUCUGCAUAGGUUUGAGUUAAUCGCACGGCUCAUGAGCAUAUGUGGAAACAACAAAUGGCAUGCGCUUUUUGAAAGCUUGCGCUUCUCCCGUCGAAGACAUUCAUCUGGACGAGCACUGCAGAAGCAGGUUUGUGGCACAGGUGAAGGGAGGACUUUUCCUGUGAGCACCCACAGUCAACUACGACUGUGCCGCUGCAAGACAAGCAGUGCAGCGUCCUUGGUGAGGGAGCCCUCCGACGACCCAGGUGGUCGUGAAAAGAAGUUGCGCCUCGUCACCGGGAGCGGAAGCGUUUCCGUGGAUUCCUCGGCUUCUGGUGCGACACAUCGUCAUCGAGCCGACAUUCAAAAGCAAUCCACCGCCAGAAUUGGCCCAAACCCAAUUUGCGAACGAGAGCGGCAAGAGCUACCAAAAAUGGAUUUGAUACAACAAGUGUCAGGCGGCCAGUCGAGCUCCUCUGCCAGUGGGCUUCUCCGCCCCGAGGCAGUGCCGCCCGUGACGGGAUUCGGCGAUGUGCAGUUCUCCAAGGAAACGUCGCCGCGCGCUGUCCGGUACCACCGCGGCGUGUCCGAAUACGCGCCCCCCGUUCCCUUUCCGACGUACGAGGCGUUUUGCGACCGCCUCUACAAGCAGAACAUGUUUACGAUGAAGUUGGGCCUGAACAACGUUGAGCAGGCGUUACUUUUGGAAGGCAACCCGCACCUGCAGCACCAGCGCGUCUUCGUGGCGGGCACAAAUGGCAAAGGCACGGUUUGUUCGUCGCUGAGCAACAUUCUCACGGCUGGCGGCUACAAGGUCGGCUUUUUCAGCUCCCCCCACUUGAUCGACUUUCGGGAGCGUUUCCGCGUGAACGGCGUUCCUGUGUCGACGGAAAUGGUGCACCAAAUCGGCGUCGAGAUCGUCGCGAAGUACGGCGGGAGCGGGUCCGAGUUCAGCACCGCCAACCUGUCGCCGAUCCGGAAGCGGCUCAGCAGCGCAAACUCCUCGGGCAGCACAACCAUAACGUCCUCGCCGAGCUCAUCAACACUCGCAGACCAGCAGCAGCAGCAGCAGCAAAACGGUGGUAGUUACUUACUGCGAUGCUGCUUCGUAACCUUUUCCCCUGGCUCUGACACGCUCGAAGAUUUGAGAGUUUGAGACCACUUUUGAGUACAAUAGCGAUUGAUGAAAAACACAUCAGGUGUGCAACCGCUGCACGCCACUCCGCUUCCUGACGAGGUGACGGCUGCGCUGGAGAACGGCAACCGGCCGGUGCUCACGUUUUUCGAGCUUGCCACCCUCAUUGCGGUCCGGGUUUUUGCGGAGGCGAAAGUCGACGUUGCCAUCUACGAAAUCGGGUUGGGGGGCAGGUUAGACGCUGUGAACGGUUUGAGACCGCCGGAUCUGAGCCUGUUCGCCACGAUGGGGUUCGACCACAUGACGUACCUCGGCGACACGAUCGGCAAGAUCGCGUACGAAAAAUUCAGCGUGAUGCCGAGGUUUGGCCAGGCAGUCCUGGGCGAGCAGGAAUACGAGGAAGAGACGCUGCAAGUUUGGCAGGAGUUCGUGCAGAACCGCGAGAUGCAAACCGUCGUCGACAUGGCGAGAGACGUAGGAGGUCCUCGUGGUGGUGCAACAUCAAAGCUCGAUGAAGUCGCCGAAUUCAUUGUCUCCAAGUCCGACGAAGAGCUCUCAGCGUACCUGUCCAAACCCACACUCGACAGACACAUUUGCCGACACCUGCGUACCGCGGUUGCCGGGUCGCGCAUUCUCGCCCCGGAAAUUCCCGAGACCGCGAUUCGCCAGGGGUUGACCAACCUCUACUGGCCGGGGCGGAUGGAGACGGUGGUAUAUAAAGGGCAAAAAUUCUUGAUCGAUGCCGCCCACAACAUCGACGGGGUCCGGUCUCUCUUGCGGGCGCUGGUGGCACGGAAACGGGUGAGGAUAAGAAGCGUCGUCUUCGGUGCGAUGCGAGACAAGGACUUCGGGGCGAUGCUCAGUGAGUUGAGGCAGCUCAACGCGCCCUUUUACGGUGUGGAAAUCCAGAACCCGCGGGCGGCGCGCCAAUCCGACUACGACCGGAUCGCGGGGGUUGGGGAAAAUGGUUUCAAGGCCGUCGGUCCAUUGCCGCAAGUUCUGGAAGAAGUGUUGUCUAUGAAGACUGCACCUUCUGUGCAGGAAGAGAAUGGAGACUUGGAAGACACGAUACUAGUUUGUGGUUCGAUCUAUCUGAUCGGCGAAUUAUAUUCCACGAUGGGAAUCGACGCAGGAAGCAUUUGGCGCGCUGCACAAAAUUCAUGAAUUCGCUUUUGCAGUACAAGUCCCGGUUAUAAAUUUUGGCGCACAUCAUGUUCAUAAGCACAUUUGUUAUGACUCUCGAAGUUUUGAUUAGUGAAGCGCGGUGUAUCGGCGCGAUCAAGACGCUGGCUGUAGCUGUAU